AGAGCCACUGACUGGGUUGCCUUUCUAUCCGGAACUGGGACUGCUACUGCUGUCUGCCUGAGCCUCUGAGGCGAAUAAACUGGCCGCUUCCCGCUUGUGGCUGGUGUUUCGAACGCUGACACUCCCUCCGAUACCCAUCUCAAACGUGACCCCCGGGGCGUGUACAACCGCAGACACAGAACGGCCAGCUUGGCUGGUGCGCGGCCCUGGGUCCCCUCCUGAGUUUGGACACUCUGGCUACGCCCGGAACAUACAGUGUCAGGGUCAUAGUUUCUAGUCGGUGGCGGAGGCGCUUAGCGACCGGAUCGACGGAAGCAGACUCAGAGGGUCAGGAUCUGAGCUGACUAGAGAUGGCGCCUCCGGCAGGUGGGGAGGCAGCAGGUGGGGACUCUAGCUCGGCCAGGAUCCUCCUGGCUGUGCACGCUGUAGUGAGGCCGCAGAGGGCUGGACCCGGUGCAGAGGCGCCGCUGCGGAGACUGCAGCUGAGCACGGACCCCGAGCGGCCCGGGCGUUUGCGGCUGCAACUUCAGGGUUCCGGACCUGAGGCGGUUAAUUUGGAGUGGCCCUUGGAGUCAGUCUCCUACACCAUCUGCAGCCCCAGCCAACACGAGCUGCAGCCUCCACCAGGAGGCCCUGGAACCCUCAGCUUACAUUUCCUCAACUCAGAGGAAGCUCAGCGGUGGGCAGCCCUGGUGCAAGGCGCCUCCGCGGAGGGACAAAAUGGCAGUAACAGCCUACCCCCACCCCUGGGCCCAGAAAUAUGUCCUGUUUCCCUGUCCAGUCCCCCCGUGGCCCCAACACUCAGAGCACCCCAGUCUCAGGCCAAUCUGACCUGGAGCCCUGGAGACUUGUUGGAGAAAGAAGAGCUAGCUGGGCACCUGGCCCAGGCCAUUGCUGGUGGAGAUGAGAAACGGGCAGCUCAAGUGGCAGCAGUCCUGGCUCAGCAUCACGUGGCCCUCAGUGUCCAGCUCCAGGCAGCCUGCUUCCCACCUGGUCCUAUAAGGCUGGAGGUCACAGUUGAAGAUGCCACAUCUGGUGUGUCUUCUGCAUCCUCUGCUCACAUCUCCCUGAAGGCACACCCCCACUGUACCAUUGCAGCUCUCCAGGAACAGGUGUUCUCUGAGUUCGGCUUCCCACCUGCUGUGCAGCACUGGAUCAUUGGGCGAUACCUGUGUGUGCCUGAACGCAGUCUUGCUUCCUAUGGGGUCCACCAGGAUGGAGAUCCUGCCUUUCUCUACCUGCUUUCAGCCCCCCGGGAAGCCCCAGGAUGCAGCCCUCAAUGUCUCCACAAGAUGGAUGGGGAAGUAGGACACUUGUUUCCCCAGACAUUGGGGCUGUCCCAAGCCCCCCAGCCAGCCAGUUCCAGUCUCCCCAGCCCCCUUCAGCCCGGCUGGCCCUGUCCUUCCUGCACCUUCAUCAAUGCCCCAAACCGCCCAGGCUGUGAGAUGUGUAGCACCCAGAGGCCCUGCAAUUGGACUCCCCUUCCUACGGCCACCACCUAGGAAUUCUCAAAGGAAUGACCUGUUUCUUCCCUCAGGUUACAGAAAACCUGGGCCUUGCCUCACAGAUCCAAGUUCCUGGAUCACCUCUUGAACUCCAGGGACUUCUACUGGCUGUUCACUGGCAAUACAGCCACAAGUGUUGUGGGGGAAGGGCCUUGAGCCAGUCAUUAAAAACAUAGGACAGUU